GUGGACGAAUUUUGAAGCCGUUAGAUCAGAUUGAAUGGAAAAAAUAUCUCUUGUCUCUUCUUCCUCUCGUCUGUCCGAGGGAAGAAAGAGUACCGCGUCAAAAUUCUUUGUCUUCGUUUCUUUGCUUAUUUUCUCCUCCCAAAACCAUCCUUCUCUCCACAUCUCAAACUUUCCCCUCUCUCUAUAUUUUCAUCUUCGAGUUGCUAAAGCUCUGUUCGAAGCCUGUGAAGAGGAACGUGUUACAUUUCAAUUCCUGAAUAUUCAAGCAUAUGACUUAAACAACUUUGGUUUCGGUAAUGGCACAAGAUACUGUUUUUGGUGCUGACUCACCUCGACGACGUCUAUUGCGAGAUCAAGUUCAAGUUGUUAAAAGAAAGGAUUCUGAUCGCUACGAAAUUGUUCCUAUCCAAGAUUCCCUGUCAUUUGAGAAAGGAUUUUUCAUAUUCAUUCGUGCGUGCCAAUUACUGGCUCAAAAGAACGAUGGAAUCAUAUUAGUAGGAGUUGCAGGUCCAUCUGGAGCAGGGAAAACUGUUUUCACUGAGAAGAUCCUCAAUUUUAUGCCAAGCAUAGCUGUCAUAACAAUGGACAAUUAUAACGAUUCUAGUAGAAUUAUUGAUGGAAACUUUGAUGACCCUCGGUUGACGGAUUAUGAUACCUUGCUUGAAAAUAUACAGGGUCUUAAAGCAGGGAAGCCUGUUCAAGUUCCAGUAUAUGAUUUCAAGUCUAGUUCUCGCAUAGGUUACAGGACUGUUGAAGUCCCUAGCUCUCGUAUUGUAAUCAUAGAAGGCAUCUAUGCCUUAAGUGAAAAAUUAAGACCUUUACUUGAUCUUCGUGUUUCUGUCACUGGUGGAGUUCAUUUUGACCUUGUUAAGCGUGUCUUACGGGACAUUCACCGUGCUGGUCAAGAGCCUGAAGAAAUAAUUCAUCAAAUCUCUGAAACGGUAUAUCCUAUGUAUAAAGCUUAUAUUGAGCCAGAUCUCCAAACAGCACAUAUAAAAGUCAUAAACAAGUUUAAUCCAUUCUCUGGAUUUCAAAAUCCCACAUAUAUAUUGAAGUCAGCAAGAACUGUGACAGUUGAUCAAAUCAAGGAAAUUAUUGCUGCACAGCAUACUGAAACCAAAGAGGAAACGUAUGACAUAUUUCUUCUACCGCCUGGGGAAGACCCUGAAGCAUGUCAAUCAUAUUUGAGAAUGAGAAACCGCGAUGGAAAGUACAAUCUCAUGUUUGAGGAAUGGGUGACAGAUAGUCCAUUCAUAAUAUCUCCUCGAAUUACUUUUGAGGUCAGUGUGCGCCUUCUUGGAGGACUGAUGGCCUUAGGAUACACAAUUGCAUCUAUCCUGAAAAGAAGCAGCCAUAUCUUUCGUGAUGAUAAAGUGACCAUUAAAACUGAUUGGUUGGAACAACUGAAUCGCACAUAUGUUCAGGUGCAAGGGAAAGACAGGAACUAUUGCAAGUUUGUAGCAGAGAAACUGGGGUUGGAUGGUUCCUAUGUUUCUCGCACUUAUAUUGAACAAAUUCAGCUAGAAAAGCUUGUGAACGAUGUGAUGGCAUUGCCAGACGAUCUUAAGUCAAAACUCAGCAUAGAUGAUGACGUAGUUUCAAGCCCCAAAGAAGCCCUUUCCAGGGCUUCUGCAGAUAGAAGAAUGAAGUAUCUUAAUCGUGGUAUUUCACACUCAUAUUCGACUCAAAGGGACAAGAUUCUACCUAAGCUGACUAAACUUGCUAUAAAUAACAGAAGAUUCGAUGGAAGAACUCUGGAAUCACCUGCAUCGAUUGCUAACCAUGGGGUCAUCACUCAACUUUCUGAUCAAAUUUCCACAUUAAAUGAAAGAAUGGAUGAAUUCACCUCCCGUAUUGAAGAAUUGAAUUCAAAGUUUGCUAGCAAAAAAGUUUCCGCCAGUCAACAAAACUUGGCUUCACAGGCUGAGGCCGGUAAUGGCUCAGGCCCUACUUCCUUGUUUGUAACUGGAUUAGGCAAUGGUUCAUUGACUGGAUCAUUGCUGCCUAAUUCUUCAUCAUCUUCUCAAUUGGCGAAAGAGUCUCCCCUGAUGGACGAGGUAUUAGUUAUUGCACGGGGACAACGUCAAAUCAUGCAUCAACUUGACACUCUGAGCAAUCUUUUGCAUGAAUACUUUGGAGAACGGUCACGCCUUGGAAGACCAAAUCAGACAGGUAGAAUGCGAGAACCUGAAUCUGUUGCCAUCCCUAUGGUUCUGACUCUGGUCAUUGGUGUUGUUGGUGUGUUUUUGUUCAAGAGUGUGACAUCCCAAAAGUAGGGUAUAGUAAGGUAUAUAUCUGUUUUUCUUCCUAAUUGUGAGGGAAACCUCGUACAUAUAACUGAAGCUAAAAGGGUUUAUGAAAACAAUUACAUCUGCGAGUGACUGCUGUAUACUAGUAUUAGUGGUAUUCACUUAAGACUCGUGUAACAUUACUCAAUGUAUAAGCUUAUUACUCAAUGUAUAAGCUUCUGAGUGUUUCUUCUCGUGUUAAAUAAUUCGUCCACUUGGUGGAAUACUGAACUUGCAUAUAUAUUACCGACUGGAGCGCUUGUGGUCACUUUUUAUGCGCUUGUACUUA